AGUUCAAGAUGUCUGCGCCCAUGACGAAAUGACACCUGUCGAUGUGUGACUGGUGUCCUGUCGUAUGAUCAGCUGUUGAUGACACCUUUCAUUGUGAUCAUUAUGAAAAGGAGAGAACCUCAAAUGAUUGAAAUCAAAUUGACUUUACCCCCUCAUCAAUGUAUGAUACAAGUAGUGUAUUAAAUCGAAUCUAGAGGGUAGCCCCUCAAAAACAUCUGUCCAACCCAAACCAAGAGGGAGGUAUCGCAAAGUUCGCAGAUAAAUGCACUAUAUUUGACACCUUUUAUCUACAGUAUAAUUAUACGGGUAACUACUGAGCAGUGUAAGAUUUGAUGUGAAAGAAGAUGGAAUCUCAGAAAACCGGACUCUCACUAAUCGGGAUCUCUGGCAAUACUGGACCUUUCCAUCACAAUUGAACUGCUAUUUCCAUAUCAUCAAAUAAAUUGUGUACAGAUUCAAGCAAAAUGAAAUCCAGUUCGGACUUAUUGGCGGGUGCUGCCAAGGCUACCACCUACAACAUGGCUCUUCAGCUGAUGCUACGGGUGAUGACUUUCUUCUUGAAUGCAUUUGUUUUGAGAUUCAUCACCAAGGAUUUACUGGGUGUUGUUAAUGUCAGGUUGUUGCUUCUACACAGCACAGUGCUGUUUUUGUCCUGUGAGCCUUUUGACAAGGCCUGUCUGAGCAAACAGGAGAAGAAAGACUGGCGUCAAGUUGUCAACCUCAUGUGGUGUGCGGUGCCAAUCUCGCUGGUGUUUGCCACUGUAUUCAGCCUUGUCUGGAUGUUUGCUCUGGAGCUGCCGGAUCCAGAUGCUGUUCCGUACUAUAACGUUGGCGUUGUCUGUUUCUGUAUCACAUCAGUGCUGGAAUGUGUUGCUGAUCCUUUGUGGCUCGUUGCUAGGGCCCAUCUCUUCGUCAAGCUCAAGGUGCUGGCCUUCGGGGCAAAUCAGACCACUAAGUGUGUCCUCACUGUGCUGCUCAUAUACUUCUUCCCAUCUCUUGGACUACUGGCAUUUUGCAUUGCUCAGGUGACAGGAGCGGCUGUCUACUGUGUCGUCUACUACGCCUACUUCACAGUCUAUGUUACCAAGAAGAAAGACGAGGAUUUCCCUCUGAAGUCUGUGAGGGACUUUUUCCCCCAGAGGAUAAAUGGGAAGCCAUACUUUGACCGUCAGCUGACCGGGCUAGUGGGGAGUUUCUUCCAGCAGUCCCUGCUCAAACAGCUCCUCACAGAAGGGGAGAAAUAUGUGAUGACAUUCGUUGGAGCUCUCACGUUCGCUGAUCAAGGUGUGUAUGACGUCAUUAACAACCUUGGCUCCAUGGCUGCCAGGUUCAUCUUCCAACCUAUCGAGGAGAGUGGGAACCUGUUCUUCUCUCAGCUGCUGGUGCGAGGUAUCCCCGUUCACCAACAGAAGCAGGAUUCAGCAUUCCUGUGCAGCCAGGUACUGGCGUAUGUGUUGAAGACAGUCACCCUGAUUGGUCUAACAAUCCUGGUGUUUGGUCAGUCAUAUUCCUUCCUGGCAUUAGAUCUCUAUGGAGGAAGUAUUCUCAGCUCAGGGGCAGGGCCCUCUCUCCUGCGGUGGUACUGUCUGUAUGUCCUCUUCAUCGCCAUCAACGGCAUCACAGAAGGGUUUGUCUUUGCAACCAUGAGCAAGGAAGAUGUAGACAGGUACAACAAGAAGAUGUUUAUAUUUUCUGGAGUUUUUCUCCUCUCCUCCUGGCUCCUGACCAAGUUGCUGGGUAGUGUAGGCUUCAUCCUGGCUAACUGCUUCAACAUGCUUGUCCGGAUCCUACACAGUGUGUAUUUCACCCGGGGGUAUUACCGGCAGAGUUCUACCCAGCCCCUGUGGGAAGGCCGCCCCUCCCUCCUGGUGCUGGUCAGCCUUGGGGGGAGCCACCUCAUCAUGUACACAUCAGAGAAACUUCUCUGCUGUGACAAAGGCCUUUCCAGAAGAAUCCUUCAUAUUGCUAUUGGUGCUGGGUGCCUACUUGUAGUACUGUUAACAGUGUAUAUUUCUGAAAAGAAACUCAUAGCCUUUGUCAGAGACCAAUUUAAUAAGAGAAAACAUACAAGUAAUGAGAAAAAGAAGAGCUGAAUAAAAUUUUACCAUAUUUA